UCAAAGUCGGCAGUCAAACUUUUAGCAGCUAAAAAGAGAACGCAAAGAUACGAAAUAGACUUCAAUACAGGAUCUCUAUCAACAACAGCUAACCUGCCAAAAGGGAUCACUUGACUUUGACAACUUUAUCCGACGCUUUUUGGAUUUUGCCGAGUUUCUUCGUGAUCUCCUGAAACGAUAAUGUACUCCGCUUUCAACACAGAUUGUGACUCCUCUUCCCGGUGCAGUACUGCUUCUCCAGCUUGCGACAACCUAGCUUACUACAACUCUCCUGCGGGAUCUUACUCCACUAUAUGCUCUCCACAAUCUCAGGACUUCACAGACCUGACUUCAGCGUCCAGUGGCUCCUUCAUCCCUACUGUCACGGCCAUCUCUGCCAGUCCAGACCUGCAGUGGAUGGACCAGCCGCUCGUAUCCUCCGUGGCCCCUUCUCACAGAGUCCAUCCCUACAGUGCCAGCCCCCCAACCUACACUAGCGCCAUGAGGAACAAGGGCCACAGCUCUGGGCGCAGAGCCAAAAUGGAACAGCUUUCUCCUGAGGAGGAGGAGAAGAAGAAUUUCCGUAGAGAGAGGAACAAGCAGGCAGCAGCUAAAUGUCGCAACAGGAGGAAGGAACUCACCGACACUCUGCAGGGUGAAACUGACGAGCUGGAGGACGAGAAGUCCGCUCUCCAGAAUGACAUCGCCAACCUGCUCAAAGAGAAGGAGAAGUUGGAGUUUAUCCUGGCAGCCCACCAGCCCAUCUGCAAGAUCCCCUCUGAUAUGGACACUGUUUUCCCCUCCCACUCCUACGGGGUCUCCAUCCAACUGUCUCCACCCCAGCCUCAAAGCAUGGUCUCCAGCUCCGUCUGCUCUGCAACUCCCCUCACCUCCAUUCCGUUAACCGCCAGCUCCAACCUCUCCACCUCAGCCUCAAUCUUCUCCAGCAGCCCCCUCCUGUCCACCGUCUCCGACGUCAAGAUGGCCGACCUGGACACAGCCUGCCUAGAGGAGUCCCUGUCUCUCCUCGUCAAGACGGAGAUGGAGACGGCCCGGUCGGUGCCCGAUGUAGAUCUUACCAGCUCCCUGUACACCCAGGACUGGGAGCCUCUCUACAGCACAGCCAAUAAUGACUUUGAGCCCCUGUGCACCCCUGUGGUCACCUGCACCCCAGCCUGCACAACGUACACAUCUUCUUUCGUCUUCAGCUAUCCAGAGGCGGAGGCGUUGCCUACCUGUGGCGUAGCCCAACAGAGAGGGAGCAGCAGCAACGAUCAAUCCUCUGACUCCCUCAGCUCUCCUACACUCCUAGCCCUGUGAGCAGGAGAACCCUAGUCCCUCAGCUCCCCUACACUCCUAGCCCUGUGAGCAGGAGAACCCUAGUCCCUCAGCUCCCCUACACUCCUAGCCCUGUGAGCAGGAGAACCCUAGUCCCUCAGCUCUGACUACACUCCUAGCCAUGUGAGCAGGAGAACCAUAGCUGUGUCCCAAAUGACACCCUAUGACCUAGUUAAUUGCUUUUUUUGUCCCAUAGGGCUCUGGUCUAAAGUAGUGCGUUUGGGGGAAGGCACAUUCUUCCACACAACACCAUUUCCUCUAGAGCACAUUUAGCACUUCCCCCAUGUACAGCACCAGUAUGUGGUGACUGUGCAGAAUGAUCGCAGAGAUAUGGACAUGGACUCACACAACCAGGAAGCAAAAUAUAUUUGUUUUGUAUGGACUAUAAUAGGCUAUUACUUGCCUCUUUUGACUGUAGCUGAUUAAAGCGUGUUUAACUAAUAAAACCAAUAGUUUGGGUUUACAAAAUAGUUGUUGAUUUUUAUGGUGCUAGAUAACAAAGUUGUGUUUCUGUGUUCAGAGCAAUACAGUUGUUUGUUUUCUGGUUGAUGGAAUGUGAGCUUCUUGUAUGUUUGGUAUUUAAUAAUCAUGAUGUGCUUGUCUGGUUGAUCUCUCCUAGUAUGAAAGUUUUCUGUGAAAACGUUUUUCUUUUGUGAAAUUUCAAAUUAUAUUUAUACUACAAAGAACUGAACCUUUGUAAAACGUCAAAUAAACUGAACGAAUAAAAUAUUAAAUUAUUCA